AUGUCGCAACCGCAAGAGCGCGCCGCGCAGGCGCCCACAGCGUCACAAACAACCACACAAACCAAUCCGCCACAGACAGCGCAGAGUGUGCCGAGAGUAUUGCGGCUACGCGGAGGGAACAACUCGAAUGGAAGAUCGGUCCAGUGGGCACAAGACGUGGUUGACAACGAAGGGCUAGGAAGGAAAAGCUCCAAAGUGUGCUGCAUAUACCACCGACCCAAGAAAGUCGAUGAAUCCAGCGACGAAUCUUCAUCGGACUCUUCAUCCUCAGACUCAGAUUCCGACUCAGAGCCGGAAAGAAAACGGAAAGUCGGCGGUGGAAAAGACGACUGCAACCACAAUCAUGAUCAUGAUCAUGGUCAUGACCACGGCCAUAGUCAUAAGCGUGGCAGAAAAACGAAUGGCAAGAAGAAGAGGACACCAAGCCCGAACGCCUACGAAAAGAUACCCAAACAGAAGCCAAAAGAUACGAAACAAGAGGAUUCCAAAUAG